AUGGAACAAAGGUUGGAAAAACUAGAACGGCUUCAAAAGGAAAUGCAAGACCAGUUGCAAGCGCAAAUGAAAGAACAGGUGGAAAAGAUCCAGAAAGACAUGGUACAAAAGAUGAAGGAAUCUCAAGAUGACCUAAUGAUUAAAUUGAUGCAAUUAAUAAAGGGAACAGAUAAAGGGAAAAGUCCUGUAAUUUGCGAUGAAGAAGGGAACAAUGAUGAACCACUUUUUCCUCCAGGAUUCACGCCUCCGCAUGCGCAAAUUCAGAUUGAAACACAUACACGAAAACCUUCUGUUUCGAUUAAGCCUCAGCAUUGUCAAGGUGAUGCUUCAAUAUCGAAGAACCUUCAGGUCGGAUAUGGUUCUGGUCUUGGUGAUAAUCUGGUUGUCCCGGAUUUCGAUGAAGUAGCGGAGAAAGACAAGAUGAAGGAAGAGUUACCAAAGCAGUUUGAGGAGAAAUGGAAAUGGAUUGAAGAAAAGUUUAGGGCGAUAGAAAGUAUCGACAGCUAUCGUAGAAUAGAUGCGAAAGAUCUGAGCUUAGUUCCGGAUUUGGUGCUUCCUUACAAAUUUAAGAUGCCGGAAUUCAAAAAAUACAAUGGAACUAGUUGCCCUGAGGCUCACCUUGCUAUGUUCUGCAGGAGAAUGACGGGGUAUAUUAAUAAUGAUCAAUUAUUAAUACACUGCUUUCAGGAUAGGCUUACAGGCGCGGCGUUAAAAUAGUACAAUCAGCUAAGCCGAUCUAAAAUUGCUACUUGGAGAGAUUUGGCACAGGCAUUCAUGAAACAAUACGAUCAUGUCUCAAAAAUGAUGCCUAACAGGAUAAAUCUGCAGAAUUUGGAGAAGAAAUCAAACGAGAGCUUUAGACAGUAUGCACAAAGGUGGAGAGAAAUGGCAGUGCAGGUGCAACCACCUCUUUUGGAGAAAGAAAUGACGACGCUUUUUAUUAAUACAUUGAAAGCCCCAUUCAUCACUCACAUGUUGGGAAGCGCUUCAAAGAAUUUCUCGGAUAUAAUCAUGAGCGGCGAAAUGAUCGAGCAUGCUAUUAAAAGUGGAAGAAUAGACGGAGGGGAGAACAAUAAAAGGACAGCCCCGAGGAAAAGAGAAAAUGAAGUGAAUAAUGUGAAUGCUUACAGUAAAUCAAUUACUGUAAGUCAACCAAGGAAAGUGGUCACUAAUCAACAGGGCUCAUCGAAGCAAGAGUCGGGAAUGAGGGAAAAUACUGAGAAGCCCCAGUUCACUCCCAUUCCAAUGACAUAUAAGGAGCUGUACCAGAAUUUAUUUAAUGCGCAUGUUGUCGCUCCUCGUUACUUGAGUCCUCUACAACCCCCAUAUCCAAAAUGGUAUGACACAAACGCUCAGUGUGACUAUCAUGUCGGAAUUUCAGGACACUCAAUAGAAAAUUGUACUGCUUUCAAGAAGGUAGUGGAAGGACUUAUCAAAUUGGGCGUUGUCAAAUUUGGUGAUUCACCUAACACGGAAAGUCCGUUGCCCAAUCAUGAUGAAUGGGUGAACGCGAUAAUUGAGAAUGGAGGAAGGAGAGUCAAAGCCAAUGUAGCAGAGAUAAGGACCCCCCUUGAAUGGAUUUGGAAGCAAAUGGUGAAAGGGGGUCGCAUCAAGCAAGAUUCAAUAGAAAGGCCUGAAGGAGCAAGUAAGUUUUGUGAGUUCCACGCAGAAGAAAGCCACGACAUCCAAAAAUGUACCGAAUUCAGAACCAUGGUGCAAAACUUAAUGGAUAACAAAGAGUUGGAGUUUUACGAAGAGAUUAAUGAACUAGAAGAAGGAGAAGUUUAUGCUGCAGAAGAAGGAUCCACGGGGAAAGUCCAAAAGGCUAGCCAUCCAGUGGUAAUUAUUUCAAAACCAAUGAGCAGAGAAUCUGGAAUUCAAAUAGCGCCAAAGAUCAUAAUCCAAAAACAUGUAUCCUUUCCUUACAAUGAUAGCAAAAAGGUUCCUUGGAAUUACGACUGCAAUGUAACAAUUUCAGGGAAAGAAAGCUUGGUAAACGCUUCAGGAGAAGAUGAAGGAUUCUAUACACGAAGUGGAAAACGCUAUGAUCUGGCAAACGCGAGAGUGGAAUCCGGAAAAGGAAAAGCCUUAGCGGUUGAGUUGGGAAAAGUAAAAACAGACAAAAUUAAACCGCGAGUCAAUCAGCCGGUAACUGAAAAUGAGGCUAGAGAAUUUCUAAAAUUCUUGAAACAUAGCGAGUACAGCGUGGUAGAACAAUUGCAUAAACAACCGGCUCGUAUCUCGGUGCUCGAAUUGCUUAUAAGUUCGGAGAUACAUCGUAAUGCGUUGAUUAAGGUGCUAAAUGAAACUUAUGUCGCUCACGAUAUCUCAGUGAAUAGGUUGGACCGCUUGGUUAACAAUAUCAGUGCCGACAAUUUCAUUUUCUUUAAUGAUGACGAAAUACCGCCAGGGGGAAGAGGAGCCACCAAAGCAUUACAUAUCACUGCUCGUUGCGGGGAGUAUGCGUUAGCAGGAGUGCUAAUUGAUAAUGGGUCAGCCUUGAAUGUUUUACCCCUAUCCACCUUAAAUAGGUUACCAGUGGAUAGCUCUCACAUGAAAUCAUGCCAGAAUAUAGUGAGAGCAUUUGAUGGUACUGAAAGGAAGGUAAUGAGAAGAAUAGAAAUACCCCUCUUGAUUGGCCCGAAUAUAUACGAGGUGGAUUUUUUAGUGAUGGAUAUCAAGCCUUCGUAUAACUGCUUGUUAGGAAGACCCUGGAUUCAUUCAGCAGGAGCGGUGCCUUCAUCAUUACACCAGAAGUUGAAAUUGGUAGCAGAAGGACGGUUAAUUACGAUUGACGCUGAGGAAGAUAUCAUUGCAUCGGUAACCAGUGACGCACCAUAUUUGGGAACAGAUGAUGAGGCGGUUGAAUGUUCAUUUCGAUCCUUAGAGUUCGUAAAUGCAACCUCUGUUAUUGAAGAAAAGAAGAUCCUGAUGCCCAGCAUAUCUAGGGCCACGAGGAUGGGGCUACAAAUGACAGUUGGGAAAGGAGCUAUGCUCGGAAAAGGACUGGGAAGAUGCCUUCAAGGAAUGAUAGAGGCACCAGUGCUGAAGGACAAGCAAGACCGUUUUGGUUUAGGAUUUAAACCAAAUGCUAAGCAAAGAAGAAAAGAGUUGGAGAAAAGACAAGAGAGGAGGAAGGCACAAUUCUUAAAUUCAUACAUUCCCUGUACAUUUUUCGGUAUUUAUAACAGGUCUCAAGAUAUCAAUGACAUGAGUGACUCUACUAUGGACUUGGGAAAUCCUUUUGAUCGAGAUGUGUGUUUAGAGGAAUCUCAAGAUUUUGAAGAUAACACAGAUUGCAACCUAUCUCCGGACUUGUUGAGGAUGGUAGAGCAAGAAGAGAAACAAAUCCUACCUCACAAGGAGACAGUAGAGACAGUGACCCUAGAAGAGGGAAAGGUGGUGAAGAUUGGCACAUGCAUAGCUGAAGAAGUAAAACAAGACCUCAUUGAGUUGCUUCGAGAAUUCAAAGAUGUCUUCGCAUGGUCAUAUCAAGAUAUGCCGGGGCUAAGUACUGACAUUGUAGUACACCGACUUCCUAUAAAGGAAAAUUGCAAACCAGUUCAGCAAAAACUCCAAAGAAUGAGGCCAGAUGUUGUAUUAAAAAUAAAAGAGGAGGUGCAAAAGUAAUUCGACGCUGGAUUCCUCCAAGUGGUCAAAUACUCCGAGUGGGUGGCCAAUAUCAUUCCUGUCCCUAAGAAAUAUGGGAAGGUACGAAUGUGUGUAGAUUAUAGAGAUCUAAAUAAGGCUAGCCCAAAAGAUAACUUUCCCUUGCCGCACAUUGACACCUUGGUAGACAAUACAGCGGGGCAUUCACUAUUUUCUUUCAUGGAUGGUUUCUCUGGAUAUAACCAAAUUAAGAUGCAUCCUGAGGAUGAAGAAACUACAUUCAUAACCCUAUGGGGAACCUUUUGCUAUAAAGUGAUGCCAUUUGGGUUGAAAAAUGCAGGGGCAACGUAUCAGAGGGCCAUGGUAACACUGUUUCAUGAUAUGAUGCAUAAGGAGUUGGAAGUCUAUGUUGAUGACAUGAUUGCGAAAUCUAAAACAGAAGAGGAACAUGUGUAGGUCCUUAAGAAAUUAUUUAUGAGGUUGAAAAAAUUUCAGCUAAAGUUAAAUCCAGCAAAAUGCACAUUUGGGGCCAGAUCAGGAAAAUUGCUUGGGUUUGUGGUCAGUGAGAGAGGAAUCGAGAUUGAUCCUGACAAAGUAAGAGCAAUACAAGAGUUACCUCUGCCGCGUACUCAAAAAGAGGUUCGAGGUUUUCUAGGAAGACUGAACUACAUCGCUCGGUUUAUUUCACAAUUAACCGAGAAAUAUGAUCCUAUAUUCUGUCUCCUUAAGAAACAUAAUCCAGGUGUAUGGGAUGAGGAGUGCCAAAAAACUUUUGAAAAAGUUAAACAUUACCUAUCCAACGCCCCAGUGCUGAUGCCACCUUGCCCAGACAAACCGCUCAUCAGAUUUGGUCAGAUUGAAAAUUCUAUGGGAUGCGUGCUUGGUCAACAUGAUGAGACAGGACGAAAAGAAAGAGCAAUCUAUUAUCUCAGUAAGAAGUUCACCGAAUGCGAAACAAGAUAUUCGCCAAUCGAGAAGUUAUGUUGUGCCCUGAUCUGGACAACUCGGAGACUGAGACAGUACAUGUUGUACCAUACCACCUGGUUAAUUUCUAAAUUGGACCCUCUGAAAUACUUGAUGGAAUCAACUGCUUUGAAUGGAAGAAUGGCCCGAUGGAAAAUUCUCCUAUCUGAAUUUGACAUAGUCUAUGUGAACCGUAAAAUCGUAAAAGGGAGUGCAAUAGCGGACUUCCUGGCAAGUAGGGCUCUGGAUGAUUAUGAGCCAUUGAACUUCGAUUUCCCAAAUGAGGAUUUGAUGUAUAUCGUAACUGUAGAGAAAGAUUUCCAAGAAGGUGGUCCUUGGAAGUUGAGUUUUGACGGAGCUUCAAAUGCUAUAGGCAACGGAAUUGGGGCGACUCGUGUCCCUAGUGGAGAUCUACCCUUUACUAGCAAAUUGGAUUUUGAUUGUACAAAUAACAUGGUUGAGUAUGAAGCUUGCAUUAUGGGCAUCCGAGCAGCCAUAGAAUGGAAAAUUAAGGUGCUAGAGAUAUUCAGGGACUCUACAUUAGUAAUUUACCAGCUCAAAGGGGAAUGGGAAACAAGAGACCCCAAGUUAGUCCGCUAUCGAAAAUUGGUUAUGGAAUUGAUUGAGGAAUUUGAUAGUGUCACCUUUAGUUAUCUCCCACGAGAUGAGAACCAGAUGGCUGAUGCUUUGGCUACCUUGGCAUCUAUGUUCAAAGUGAACAAGCUAGAGGAUAUGAAGCCUAUCCAGAUCAGCAUUUAUGAGGCUCCAGCCCAUUGUUGCAACAUCGACAAUGAAGGAGAAAAGGAUAAUCGCCCCUGGUACCAUGACAUAUUACGAUAUGUGAAGAGUCGUGAGUACCCUGACCAUGCGACGGAAAAUGAUAAGAAGACAUUGAGGAGAUUAGCCAUCGAUUAUGUCUUGGAUGGGGAUAUCUUGUAUAAAAGAGGAAAAGAUCAAGUAUUGUUGAGAUGUGUGGAUGCUGUCGAAGCUAAAGAAAUUUUGGAAGAAGUGCAUGGAGGUAUCUGUGGAACGCAUGCCAAUGGCUUCACGAUGGCCAGACAAAUUAUGAGAUUUGGGUACUAUUGGUCCACAAUGGAAGGGGAUUGCAUUAAUUAUGCCAAAAAGUGCCAUAAAUGUCAAAUCUAUGGUGACAAAAUGCACACACCACCGUCGCCUCUUCAUGUUAUGGUUUCUCCAUGGCCUUUCUCCAUGUGGGGAAUCGAUGUUAUCGGGCCAAUAUCUCCGAAGGCUUCUAAUGGGCAUCGUUUUAUCUUUGUGGUUAUUGAUUACUUCACUAAAUGGGUGGAGGUUGCUUCGUAUGCAAAUGUCACGAAGUCAGCAGUUAGCAAGUUUCUGAAAAAAGAGAUCAUAUGUCGAUACGGGAUGCCUGAAAGGAUUAUAUCAGAUAAUGCACUAAACUUGAACAACAACUCAAUAGCGGAAGUUUGUAGUCAGUUCAAGAUCAAACACCACAAUUCGUCACCGUACCGUCUAAAAAUGAAUGGUGCCGUGGAAGCAGCUAACAAAAAUAUCAAGAAAAUUGUAGGGAAAAUGACUGAAACCUACAAGGACUGGCACGAGAAAUUACCUUUUGCCCUUCUGGCAUAUCGUAUCUCUGUUAGGACCUCUACGGGGGCAACGCCGUUUUCUUUAGUCUAUGGGAUGGAGGCAGUUUUACCCAUAGAAGUUGAAAUUCCUUCUCUUCGAGUAUUAGCUGAACUAAAGUUGGAUGAGGCUGAAUGGAUUCAAUCUCGAUAUGACCAGCUGAACUUGGUAGAAGAAAAGAGGUUAAAAGCUAUUCGUCAUGGUCAGAUGUAUCAGAAACGAAUGAUGCGAGCCUAUAACAAAAAAGUUUGUCCCAGAGAAUUUUACGAGGGGGACUUGGUGUUGAAAAAGAUUCUUCCUCUACAAAAGGAUUUUAGAGGAAAAUGGAUGCCAAAUUGGGAAGGUCCAUAUGUGGUAAAAAAGGCUUUUUCAGGAGGGGCUUUAAUCUUAAGCGAAAUGGAUGGUAAAAGCCUGCCAAAUCCUGUGAACUCAGACUCAGUCAAGAAAUAUUUCACUUAAAAUUUGAAGGUCCAAAAAAAAAAAAAAACAAAA